AUGCAUGCCUUAGCAGGAGAAACGAAGGACGAAUUCUCACUGAUAAUGUCCUUUCAGAACCACCAGAACCGCCAUGCGGAACCUGACCUUCGCAUCAUCUCAGUUAAUCUUUGCAUUUUGUCUCAUUCCACAAUCUUCAAUCAUCUUUUCAGAUCUGCAGUUGUAGAUCGCGCGCCCUACGUGAGGAGCCGAGGGACUGUAACCGGUUCGAGUUUCGACGCCAGGGUGACAACCGUCCGAGAUUGCGGCUCCAAUGAAGAAGAGGGCAACGCAAAAGGCAGAGAGAAUCAUUUUCAAGAGAUGAAGGGAAUCGACCGAAGUCUUCUCGUAGGAAGCCUGGACGCGGUGAAAGCCAAAUAUAUCUCUUCCGCACCCCAUCCCGUCGCUCCUAUCUCUACGCCCAACAUUCGACGCCUCGGGCAUGUCCCUCGUUCGACCUGUAGAGUUUCACACUCCGAUACCCGACACGUUGUUUUAUUCCCUUUCUCCUGGGAUCAAGGAACUUUAAACGACCCUAACACUCUAUCUCCAGCUUGUUUCGGGUAUCGGCUGGCAUGGUUCGGAUCUGAUUCGCUAGUUGGAGAAUCGCUAAUCCGAUUUCGUCCCAUGUGUCUCAGAAACGGAAUCAGCCACAACACCACAAUUCUAUCCUUCGAUGAGGCACUAGGCAUUGUGACACGCAUAGGGCUACAGGACUAUUUGUAUUUCUUCGGCAGAAACAGAGGAGGCAUCACGUGGGAUUUUCUGCCCACUGGGCCGGGUUUAUUUGUCACUCACGCGUUUCACUUCAGGCCUCAAACUCGCUUGCUCUGCUUGGUCUCAUCAGAUAACAUCAUCUUCAGGAAAGAACUCGGACAAAAUCGUGCUUUCGCUCAACCAGCUCUAACAAUAUCCUCAGGAAGACUCAGUAGUCAAAGGCCCUUUCGUCGUGGCGGGUUCUCCUCCAUGUGGUUAUGUCCCCAUUUUCGCAACAUCACAGCAUCCCUCCAUUCUGAAUUCCAAACUACGUCGCCGAGAUCGUUCGAAAGAGAUCCAUAUUUUCCUUCAGCUCGCUUCACAACUGUUCAUGUUCAAACCAAACAACGGAAACUAAAUUGGUGGCUUGUGUGCGUUUUCCAAUUCGCUCAUUCAAUUAUAGCGCUUUCUCGUUGGAUGAUUAUCCCUCCGAAAAUGGGCAUGAUAAGGUUUCUAAUUCAUUUUAAGAGGCAGAUUCUGGCACACGUUUCGGCCACGUUAUUAGCACCGAUCCCGCUAUUUGAAGAGUCUGCGAAGAGAGAUAAAAUGAUGCAAAUUUUGAUCUAUCUUUGUAUUCCUGUGGCUGCUGUCGGCGAUUUCGCUCUUGCUAAUCUUGUUCAUAAGGCAAUGUGCCUGAGCUAUCUGAUGCAAGCUUCACCGGCUGAGCAUAUUGCUCCGUCCGAUAUCUUUGCUGGUAUGAAGCACCACCCCCAUUUAUCCGCUUUGAUCAGAAAGUUUAGGUGCUGGAGGAUUCCCGUCCAUUCAUUAACUUACGUAUUGUAG